GUUCGGAAAGUCCUGACAUCGUUACAUCGGCCACAUCCUCGCCCGUGGAUUAUAAAGCCUACUUUAUUCAAGAAAGCCACCGCACCUAAAAAUCUGGAAUUGUCUGCUUCUCCGCUGCCACAGUCACUGCUGCUCUGUCACAGAGACAAGGACACUUCAACCUCCACCCGAGCAUCUUCACACCCCAGAGACUCCGCUUCUACCAACAGCUCAAACUUAAACUUAACAGAGAUGGAGGGUCACAUGGUGCUGUUCGUCCUGCUUCUGUGCAUCUCUACUGCAGCCUCUGCCUCAAAUCGGACGUGUGAUCCAACGGAGGUUAAUGACAACCCAUGGGUGUACGUGAGAGAGGAACUAAUUGGCUGUUGGACCAGUUUCAUCGGAGAGGACAAGGCGGAGGUUCACAUCCUUAACCUGAACUUUGCCAAGGAUAAUUUUUUCUCUCUGGAGUUGACCAACGCCAAGCCAAUGAACCUCAUCCUCACGUCGCCAAUCACGUCUUUCGGCCUAUACAACUUCAACGCCAAUGUUAACAUUUACAUAAACAAUGACUCCACAAUUACCCUUCAUGCCAAUAAAAAUCCCAACAUCGUCCACAAGCAAGGCUUCCCAACUCAAGAUGAGGAGCUGGUCAAGUGGGCGAGACAGAAGUUUGGGGGUGUAACUUCAUUCACCACAAUCCGAAAUCUGAUAAAAAUGUCAUGGACAGGAACAAAAGGAACCAAACCUGGCUCUGGUGACUGCAUGCUUAGAAAUGAAGAUGCAGUAGAGAAGCACUUUAUGAAGAUUGAAACACAACCCCUGGUUUCUUCCUUCAAAUCUUGCUCCCCACAGCAACAGAGUGAUGAAGCUGAGGUUCACAUCAUAAACAUCCCAGAGAAUUCCAGCACUCGCAAUGUAUCAAUUCGCGUUGGCACCAAGAAGACCAGCGUGUUCCUGAGAGGACCUCAGGGCACCACAUGGACCUUCCUCAACCUACAACACACAAAGUUUGGUUCUAACAAUGACAUCCUGCUGCCCGCCAUGACACACAGAAUAAGUUCUUCAUUUACACUGAACAGCGACAAUGCAGAGGAUGUGCAAAGGAAGGCUUUAGAACAUUUCAAAGUCAAUACUUUCACCAGCUACACUGAACUCAGACCACAGGACUCUACGGUUUUACUGGUUCAAAGACAAAAAGACAACCUUACAGUUAUAGAAACAUCACCAACAGCAGUCACUGCCAUUACAACUAAUGCCCAUCAUCAGAUGCCUCUGAUGAUGCAGCUAUACACCUCCCCAGACUACCGUUCUCCCCUGGACCCUAACACCAAGGUGCAGAGUGACAAGAGAAUUUAUGCUGAGAUUUCAGGGCACACUUUAGGAGGCAUUGUCUUGACCAUCAAGGUGAUCAGCUGCUUUGUGCUCUCCACGGGCACAUGCCCUGUAAAGAAAGAGCUGCCCUUCAUGCCAGAGGCUUGCUCCGUAAAUUCUUGUCCCAACAGCACCCGACUGAGCUUCUCCUUAGAUCAGCUCCAAGAGCUGACAUCCACCACAUGGGACCUGGAAUGCGCCGUCAAACUUUGUUACAGUGAGAAAUGUGGAUAUGGAGGAAGAGUGAAGAGGAAUCUGGAGGUUACCCAGCCGUGUCUGCAACAACCAACCCCAAAAUGCUUUGAUUUUGGCCUACCUGGUGUUCUGGGCAUUGCAUUUGGAGGGUUCCUGAUUGGAGUAUUACUUAUUGGUGCACUGUGGUUCAUCAAAAUCAAAACAGGCAAAUGGUACCCAACUGGACUGGACAUUAGCUCAACUGCAGCAAAUCUUUCCAGAUGUCCGUGCUCCGGGGCAAAACGACAACCCGUUUCUACUAACCCUUCCCCGUCUGAGAACAGCAGCGCCAACGCAAGCAUUGGAAGCACCCAAAGCACACCGACCAGCAGCAUGGCAUGAGAUUAUGAUAAUCUCCACCACCAGCAGAGCCACCUUCUCCCUUCAAAGUCACCUAUACGGGUUUUGUGCUUUUAUUUUCUUUAAUAAUGCUCAAAAAGCAUUUUCCCUUCCCUGCCCCCUUCAAAUUCUCAUUAAAAAGCAAACCCACGUCUUUGACUCACCAAGCCUGAAAUGGAUGUGAUCUGGGAGUUUGUAAUGGUGGAUCGGAGAGGGGGGGGGGGGGGGGGAGCUGGGUGACGGAUAACAGAAGCCUAAUCAAUGGCCUCUGACGCUCACCUCUGCAGCCUCUCUGUAAAGUCAAGCUCCUAGACAGGAAGUUAAAGAGGGCAAGAGGAAAAGAAAAAAAAAAAUUGGCUCCCAGCAACAGGAAAAACAAACCAUAUCCCCCCAAGAGCUAACAGGAAAUUCACUGCAUUCCUUUCAAUGAAUUGUGCUUGUAUGAUGGCGGCACAAUAAUAGUUAGACAGGAGACGAACCAGUCAAAAGACCGACUUUGCCCACAUGAAAAGCUGUUUUGCAUCUAAGCUACAAAAACUAUGAAGGGCUUUUGGGUAGGUCAGUCCAAAAAUACAGUUAUCAACAAUGUCCCGGGGACUGAAAAGCUCAGCAUGUUAGGAUCUCAAACCAGUCAAUGAAAUGCUCACCUCAAGGGGUGUUUGUCCUAAUUGGAGUUCGAGGUCAAUAGUUAAACGCUACCUCCUGUCAUUUAGAAGUCUGGGGCUAAGUUUAAACUUAACGCUUGAUUUCUCUGGUGAAUUUAUAUUAUUUUCUGCCUUUCUUUCUUAAUUUUUGAUUUAUUCUGUGUCACUUUAGGUUUUCUUAUCUCUUUUUGGGUCAUUUGUAGCUCAUGAAACAAAGUCACGAUGCCAUUGUUCAUGCAAUCUGAUAGCUUUGUCUGUGCCUUCAUAUGAAAGUCACAUCUUAUUUUUCCUUCCAGUAUUUAUUGGAAGUUGCAGAGAAAUAUACUUACAUUCCCUAAUUACUCAACGAAACUAAUGCUAAAUCAUAUUUAUAGCCCAAAGGAAGCAAUUAUGAACCAUUAAAGGGAAGAAAAUGCAUUUGAGGUGAGAGACAAUCGCUCUUGUAAUGUACAUCACAGCAUGCAGAGAUGCACGGCUGUAUCCAGAGCUGAGUAAUGUUCCUAUAAUGAGGAGUUCAGGUUCCAGACCUCAGACUUAUACUGUGUGUAGUACUUAAGUGGCGCUCACACAGCUACGCUCACAGGGUGGAGUUUCCCCAAAAUAGUCUGGAGGUAGAAUUCCAGUACUUUUUCUUUGCACAAUGUCCAUUCUUAAUCCAUCGCCAAUUGCCUGAAAAUGUGUCAUAACCACAAUUUUUUCACCAUUCUCUAAAUGUCAGAUCUGCUUUAACAUCCUUGAACACAUAUAUACAAAGAUACAUUUACUGAAUAUAUUGCAAUAAAGUGUUUUCAGGCAGGUUUAAUCGUCGACCUGUAGAUCUUAGAGCCCGUGUUUAUGGCGUAUAAACUAUUCCUCUUCCUAUAUUUGAAGAUUUCCAACCUGCCGGCAUCAUUUUCAAUUCUUUGCAUUGAAAACGCAGCCAGCCACUAAUGUGUAAUGUUGUGCUUUAUCUUGUGAUUAGAGAUGAACACACACACAAGAGAAAUCAUUUUUAGACCUCUGAUGGAUGUGAUGGAUCUAUGAGACCAUGCUCCGAGAGACUUUCAUUGCACGUUGGGGGAACUUUAGGUACAAACAAUUGACUAAAAUAUUCCAUUGUGGAAUUCACAUUUGAUAACGUUUUCCUUACGCAGAAGAUGAUGAAAUCCGUAACUCAGACCUUUGAUACAAAUCUAUCUAAAACUGAGUUAAACACCCCCCCACCCCCACCCCCCGCACAUCUUUCCCUAACUUUUGAACUUGAACUUCCCAUCUAAGUCACCAGAUCUGAAUGCAGCCUAUUAGGACUAGUAUAUUCCAUUAUAAUCAAUAGUAACAUUUUAUAUGCAUUGCAACAGGCUGUCCUCAUUCACUGUUCGCACCUAUACACACGGAAAUGAUUGCACUAUAAUUCGUAUAUAACCAACAUACAACAACGUGAACCAGGGUUGCUUGCUGGGGUAUUUUUGUUGCGUAACUUCCGUACUUAACUGACGCCACAAUCCACCAUCUUUUCAGGUUCUGCACUGCAGAUGCUUGAGCAGGCGCACUCGUGUUGCUGCGCAUUCGUAGGAUACGCACAAUAAAUAACAAAUGAACUUGUAAGAUAUCAUACGGACCGUUGUAUGAGGAUACGUUAUGUGCGACAAUACAUCAGUCAAUCAGUCACGCUUUAACGCCCGUGAAGACUACUUUAAAAAACUCCAGCUUUAUUUCCAGCUGUCACGUGACAUGCCUACCGCUAUGGAAACUGUCAUUUGAGAGGAAUUAGUUUCUCGUUCAAAUUAACUUCUACUCUCUACAUUUGAUAGGCUGCAUCAGCCACGGCAGUGCUAAUGCUAGAUGCAUAAUGUGGACUCAUUAAAGGGGCUACAACUGUAUAGUGACGGUUGAUCCGUUAAACCAAAUAUUUGUUUCAAUGUACAAAUGUAAAUGUAUUUUUCAUAUUUUUUGUUGCCACUCUGUUACCUCUUAGAAAAUAUUCCCAUCACACGUCUUGUGGUAUAAGUAAGCAAUGUGUAUCUACAGUGCAUAGCAUUGGCACAAGCGCCAACAUUGUGAUCUUUAAGUGUUUCUUUAUAUACAUUUGACUCCUUUUUAAAUGCAUUUAUAUAUUCACACUCCCAAUAGUUACUCGCCUUCUGAUUUGGUUAAAAUAUAUUUUUUUCACCUUCAAACCUAAUCUCAGAAGUAUUCAGCCUUUUCCGAAGCGAUUGCAUUUGUAAAAUGUCUCCUCAUUGUAUGUGAGCUAUGUAGCUUAUUACCCCCCCAUUUCUCUGUACAUGCCUGACAGAACAAAGAGGGCCAGUAUAAAUUGCCACUUGAGUAUUUGUGCAAUAUGAUGAGGUAAACUCGUAUGUAAUGUCUAUAUGUAGUUUUUUUUUUACCAUGUUUAUUUUUUGUAAGUGUUGUAUGAUCUUAUCAUGCUUUGUUCUUUUACGUAUUCGGAGAACUGGGACAAUUCCUAAUCAAGGCACAUAUAAAAUGCACAAGAUUUA